AUGUCAGCAAGGAUAGAUUUGGCCAGCGUUACCAGACAGAACAUAGGUACACUCAGACGGUUAAACGGUGUAAUUUUACCUGUGCCAUACUCAGAUCGUGUAUACGAGGAAGUACAGUCACCAGAGCUGGAGGAUUUCUGUAAAUUGAUCUACUACAAUGAUAUACCCGUUGGAAGCGUCUGUUGUCGCAUUGAGGGUGGGAAGCUCUAUAUAAUGAUAUUGGCUGUUCUCGCACCGUACAGAAGACAGGGACUUGGUAGACACAUGUUGCAGCACAUCCUGAAAGCAGCAGUCUCAGAUCCAGAGCCAAUCAUCCCAGGAGAUAAAGUACAACCUAGGAAGAAAUUAGGAAGCGUCUAUCUACACGUACAAAAGGAGAAUAACGACGCACUUGAGUUCUACAAAAAGGAGGGAUUUACGCAAGAAGAGGAAGUGAAGGAUUAUUAUAAGAGGCUCACUGGUGAUGGAUCUAGAGACGCAUAUGUUCUACGCAAAACACUCUAAAAACUUGUUAAUGCAUAUCAUUUGAUGAUUUUCAGCACGUCGGCCGAACUAGAAAGCCAAUCAUAUAUUCUUU